AUGCCUCCAGUAAGGCAAAAUGGCCAUCGACGGCAGAUAUCCUCCGAGUCACCACGAGAGCGCCCAUCGAGACUUGAGGGCAUACGGACAGGAGUUAAUCACAUGUUCAGUGGACGAUCGAGGGUCGCGACACCCCGAAGUGGCACACCCGAAAGCCCCAAGACUCCGCGCUUAGCAUUAGGUCUGGGGAACUUCUCUUCAACAAGACUUGUGCUUCCAUAUCUCACUCGAUCGAAUACGAACCCGCCUCGAUAUGCGACAAGACACGAUCCUCAUUCGCCCGUUAGUACGAGACCGAUUACAGCUCACUCUCUACGACAACAAACAACUAUACUUCCUACAUCAUCCGUUCCACCUCGUGUGAGACAUGAUUCGCAGUCUGGGAGGAGAUUUGUGGGUGUAGAUCCAGCAGAGCUUCAUCUGGCAAACCUCGUAGACUCUGGGAGGAGACGAAGGAGGAACAAGGCCAAAAGGGAACCACGAUGUGCGCCGAAGAUUAAGAACAAAAAAAUCAGGACCAAGAUAUUGAGCUGUUUUAUAUCAGGGCUUUUUCUUACAUUGGUACUGACGGUCUAUCUUGCACUCGCCUUGUCAAACCAUAAUGAGAGUCAAGAGUUCCACGUCCUCUUGAUUCUCAUCAUUCUGAUUACUACAAUCUUCUUCUGUCAUGCUCUGAUCCGGUUGUGUAUGCUGGUACUCCAUCCACCAGCGGACGAUACACAGGAACUACCUUCAAUGGUUGGUCCUGGAGGAUUCGCAAAUCCAGUAGCACCAAUACGCGUCGCGCUCGCACGUGAUGAAGAGGCAGCUGGAAUUGAAAGUGAAGCUACAAAGUUACCCCCGCCAGCGUACGGGUUAUGGCGAGAAUCUGUUAGAGUGGACCCUAAUCGAAUCUACUGGCAACGUAAUGAGGCGGCAGUAUUAGAGCGCCAGAAUUCCCUUGAACGAGGGGAAGGCAGGCCAAUGACUUCCAAUCGACCCCCGUCAUACAUAUCUGAGAAUGGCAUCGACUAUGUGAUUGAAGCCGAGCCUCGAUCAAUUGCGCCGACUGUUGAGGUGCCAUUACCGACGCACCCCUCUGAAAGAGGUCGAUUGCCAAUGCCGUAG